GUCAAGGAAACUUGGUCACAGCUUGCAUAGAUACACAUCCACUAAGGACGUUGACAAUGGCUGCGCAACAACACAUCCUCACCAUUGAUGAUCAAGCGAAUAAUGCCGACGAGAGUAAAAUGGAUAUCAAGAUUGAAACGGACAAGUUUGGCAAGACCAUCAAGUUUAUGAUGUUUAGAGGCCGCCACUACCUACCAGCGUACUCUAUGUCAAUCCUUGAACAAACAAAGACUGUUUCCAUGAGACCUGAUGAUAUUUACUUCCCUGCCUUUCCAAGAACAGGAACACACUGGGUAUACGAAAUGACGAACAUGCUGUUGAGAGGCAAAGCAGAAACCAUUCAGCAAUACAAGGGAAAGCACCAGUUAGAGUUUGUGGCGAACGAGGGUUUGAGUAAGCUCCCUUCCCCCAGGGUUAUUAAUACCCACUUCCGGUUGUCAGAUGCUCCCUGGGAGGUGAAAGAAAAGAAGUGCAAGGUUAUCUACAAUCUCAGAGAUCCGAGAGACGUGGCUGUGUCCCUCUAUCACGCCUAUAUUGAUCUAAAGGUUUCUGAAUGCGAGUGCUCAUUUGAGGGAUUUUUGUAUCUGUUUCUGGAAGGAAAAGUUGAAGACGGUGGACUAUUUGAUCAUUGGCUCGCUGCUGAGGAAUUUUGCAAAGAUAAUCCAGACAUCCCUGUUUAUUUCCACAUCUAUGAAGAAACUCAAAAGAACCUCCUGUUGGCUGUGCAACGCCUCUCUGAUUUUCUUGGUCUGCCACGAAACGAUGAACUGUGCCAAGCCAUUGCUGACAAAUGCCAAUUUUCCAACAUGAGAAAGGACAAAGAAAAAUACGCCUUUAAAGCUGAUGGGAAAAACUCGCUAUAUCGAAAAGGUACUGUUGGCGACUGGAAGAACUAUUUCACAGACAACAUGUUGGAGGACUACUAUCGGGUGUAUGAAGAAAAGAUGGCCGGCUCGAGAUUCCACAAACUGUACGCUCGCAACAAAUGAGAAUACCACAUGCCUUGUUGAUAUAAGUGACCCUGGUUCCGCGAUGACAUAUCAGCCAUAAGGAUAUGAAAACAUUGACCGUCACACAUUUAUCUUAUUGAAACAUUAUAUUUUGGGAGAAUCGAAUAAUAUCCAAUUCUGACGUUAUUUAGUUUAGAUUGUAUGGCUGUGGGUUAAUGCUGGAUGGAUCCGGAAUACAGAUACAGUCUAGGACAAUUUACAGCUACAUUGUACUUGUUCAUAUUAAUUGUUUGCAAUUUACACGAACAGAUAAUUCUGACUCAACAGCCUUGGGAGAAUGAACCACUGAUAUUUUUGUGAAGAAUGGUCCAAAAGACUAAUGUGUUCUGGCAUACACUAACACAGGACCAAAAGCCGGAUAAUAAACCAUUGAAAUAAACGUAAAUACAAUAGAAAAUAUAUGCCAUGACCGGUUUUACGUAUGUUUCCAGAGAUUUCCCAACUUCGGGCAUAUAUUUCAUAUGAAUCUAUACCUUUGAAACAUAUGCUCAUCGUACAUUUUCGUAUGCACA